AUGCCCAUAAAACCCCGCUUCACCAUCCCUGUCCCCCAAGUCUCCCUCCCAACCUUCAUUUUCGACUCUCCGAGCGAUCCGCUGCCCAAAACACCGAUUCUCAUCUCCGCUGCGAACCCAGAGUCGCAUUUCCUCUCGCUACACGGCCACCGGCAGUAUGCAAAGCGCUUCGCAUCGGGUCUGCUGCGCGCAGGAUUGCAGCUGGGGGAUCGCGUGCUACUCUUCUCGUCGAACACGCUAUUCUUCCCUGCUGUGUUAAUGGGUACGAUAAUGGCUGAAGGCAUCUUCACAGGCGCGAAUCCAACCUAUGUAGUGCGGGAGUUGGCAUAUCAACUACAAGACAGCGGGGCACGGUUCCUAAUCUGCGCAGAAGGCAGUCUCGACACGGGGAUCGCAGCCGCGAAAGAAGUCGGGUUGAGUGCGGAUCGUAUUUUUGUUUUCGAUGAUGGAGCCGCGACGUUUGAAGGUAGAAAGGUGGAACGCGACUCGGAGCUGGGACGCAUUCGGCACUGGACGGAACUGCUAGAUACACCGGAACGAGGCGAAGCAUAUACUUGGCCGGAGCUGCGCACCGCAGAGGAGCUGGAUCGCGUUGUUGCGCUGAAUUACUCGUCAGGCACGACGGGCAUGGCGAAAGGCGUGAUGAUUACGCAUAGGAACUACGUUUCGAAUUGCGUUGCGCAGUUGCAAGUUCCACAGCAACAGGAGGGAUGGGAAGAGUUGCGGCCGCGAAAAAGGUUUCUCAUCUUCCUGCCCAUGUACCAUGCCAUGGCGCAAUCCUGGUUCGGCAUGUGCGCCCUGAAGCUGCGGGUCCCAGUGUACAUGAUGGCCAAGUUUGAUCUGCUGCAAAUGCUAGAGUACGUGCAGAAAUACCGGAUUACGGAUCUCGUCUUGGUGCCGCCCAUCAUUGUACUUAUGGCCAAGCACCCUGAAACCAAGAAGUUUGACCUGAGCUCAGUGGAGGAAGUAAACUCUGGCGCUGCUCCUCUCGGUGGCCAAAUCAAACAAGAGUUUGAACGUCUUUGGCCACCAGGCAAGAUCAGCGUCAGAAAUGGGUGGGGCAUGACGGAACUCACAACUAUUGGCUGUAACCACUAUCCCUCGAUACAGUAUCCCAGUUCCUCCGUAGGGGAACUGUAUCCGAACAUCGAGGCGAAGCUUGUCUUGGAUGAUCAGGGCAAGGUUGAAGCUUCUCAAGGUGAACAAGGUGAACUCUGGGUGCGUGGCCCCAAUAUCAUGAAGGGGUACUGGAAGAAGCCCGAUGCGACAAAGGAGACCAUCACACCAGACGGAUGGUUGAAGACUGGAGACGCAGCAUACGUGGAUGCCAAUCAGCACUUUCAUAUCGUGGACAGAAAGAAGGAGUUGAUCAAGGUCAAGGGACUACAGGUUGCGCCCGCUGAGCUGGAGGCAUUAUUACUAGAUCAUCCUCAGGUACAAGAUGCUGCUGUCAUCGGAGUACAGGCUGAGGGUACUGAAUUGCCACGCGCAUACAUUGUGCUUCGGUCUUUGGCUGAUGCCACGCCGGAAAUGGCGGAAAAUAUCAAAGCAUGGCUGGCGGAGCGUGUUGCGAAGUACAAGCGGCUAGAAGGCGGCGUGCAUUUUGUCGAUGCAAUACCCAAGAACCCGUCUGGCAAGAUUCUGAGGAAAGAAUUGAGGAACAGGGCUGCGCCGGAAGACCCCAAGCCGAAGCUGUAA